GGGAGCCGAAGUUUGGGACCCUCCGAGCGGAGAGGCCUGGUCUCGUCUUCGGAGCCUGAGCUAGAGUUGGGGGAAGGGCCUGAAGGGACUUGGCGGGCUUUUUCGCCUCCGCGGUCCCUCCUUUCUGGCCUCUUUCUCCGCCUCCUUCAGUCGCUGGAGCCAGAGCGAGUGGGACGCCGGCUGAGAGGGAGGAGGCAGCGGCUUCCUCCAUGAGGGCCCGGCGGGACUGCCAAGGGCUUCCUCAGCAUGGCGGCCAGCCCCGAAGACGACGACGUGCCCCUCAUUCUGACCCUGGAAGAGAGCAGGAGCCCCGCGGCCCUCCGUGAAAAUGGAGGCAACUAUGACUUGGUCAACGACACGCACAGCCCGGCUGCUGGGGACUGCUAUCCUCAACCAACCUGUGGAAGACACAACUGGGAAAUGAAUUACCAAGAGUCGGCAAUCUACCUCCAGGAAGGAGCGAACAAUGACAAGUUUCUCACGCACCCCAAGGAUGCCAAAGCGCUGGCUGCCUACCUCUUUGUACACAACCAUCUCUUCUACCUAAUGGAACUGAGCACGGCCCUGCUGCUCCUGCUGCUGUCCCUUUGUGAGGCCCCUGCCGUCCCCAUGCUCCGCCUCGGCAUCUACAUCCAUGCAACCCUGGAGCUGCUUGCCCUCACGGUUGUAGUGUUUGAGCUCUCGAUGAAAAUGCGGUGGCUGGGCUUCCACACUUACAUCCGGCACAAAAGGACCAUGGUCAAGACCAGCGUCUUGCUGCUGCAGUUUGUGGAGGCGAUUGUAGUGUUGGUGCGCCAGACGUCCCAUGUUCGCAUCACGAGGGCCCUGCGGUGCAUCUUCCUGGUCGACUGCCGCUACUGUGGUGCUGUCCGAAGGAACCUGCGGCAGAUCUUUCAGUCCCUUCCUCCAUUCAUCGACAUUCUCCUUCUCCUGCUUUUCUUCAUGGUCAUCUUUGCUAUCCUUGGCUUUUAUUUGUUCUCUCCCAACAAAUCGGAUCCUUAUUUCAACACCUUAGAGAACAGCUUGGUGAAUCUCUUUGUUCUUCUGACCACUGCAAAUUUCCCAGAUGUCAUGAUGCCCUCUUAUGCCCGAAGCCCCUGGUCCUGUGUCUUUUUUAUCGUGUACCUUUCCAUCGAGCUCUACUUCAUCAUGAAUUUGUUACUUGCUGUUGUGUUUGAUACUUUCAAUGACAUUGAAAAGAGGAAGUUCAGAUCCCUGCUGCUUCACAAGCGGACAGCCAUCCAACAUGCCUACCGCCUGCUUGUCAGCAAACAGAGACCCGCUGGAAUCCCCUUCAAGCAGUUUGAUGGGCUGAUGCGCUUUUAUAAACCUCGGAUGAGCGCUCGGGAUCGGUAUCUUACUUUCAAAGCUCUGAAUCAAAGCAAUACUCAUUUACUCAGUCUGAAGGACAUGUACAGUUUCUAUGAAGUUGUCGGCUUAAAGUGGAAGGCAAAAAGGAACCGGGAGCAUUGGUUUGAUGACCUUCCACGGACUGCGUUCCUUAUUUUUAAAGGCAUUAACAUACUGGUGAAUUCCCGAGCCUUCCAGUACACUAUGUAUACUCUGGUGGCAGUGAAUGGCCUCUGGAUCUUAGUGGAAACCUUUAUGCUCCGAGAUGGAAUCUUUUCCCGGGACGUCCCUUGGAGUUACAUUGUUUUCCUUACAAUCUAUGGGGUCGAGGUGUUACUGAAGAUCACCGGAUUGGGGCCUGUGGAGUAUCUCUCUUCGGGCUGGAAUCUCUUUGAUUUUUCGGUCACCUUGUUUGCUUUCUUGGGUCUCUUGGCGCUGGCGUUUGACAUGGAGCCAUUCUACUUCAUCGUCGUUCUGCGGCCUCUGCAGUUACUCAGGCUCUUUAAACUGAAGAAACGUUACCGGAAUGUCUUGGAUACGAUGUUUGAGCUGCUUCCCAGAAUGGCCAGCCUAGGCUUAACCUUGCUCAUCUUCUAUUACUGCUUUGCCAUCAUCGGCAUGGAGUUCUUCUCAGGAAAAGUCUUCCCAAACUGUUGCAACGCCAGCACAGUGGCGGAUGCCUACCGCUGGGUGAACCACACCAUUGGGAACAAGACCGUGAUGGAGGAGGGCUACUACUAUCUCAACAACUUUGACAACGUUUUGAACAGCUUUGUUACCCUGUUUGAACUGACAGUUGUCAAUGACUGGUAUAUCAUCAUGGAAGGGGUGACGUCCGAGACUUCGCAUUGGAGCCGCCUCUACUUCAUGAUUUUUUACAUCGUGACCAUGGUUGUGAUGACCAUCAUUGUCGCCUUUAUACUGGAGGCGUUUGUGUUCCGCAUGAACUACACCCGGAAGAAUCACGAUUCCGAAGAAGACAGUGGCAUUGUAUUAGAGAGGGAAGUCUCCAAGGAAGAAGUCACCGCCGUAGCAGAGAUGUAUGGAAGAUUCAGCAGUGCUUCGGCUGCCGGCCAGCUGCUCAGGAUCGUCUCCCAGAUGGACCGGCACCAGCAAACAUCUAUGCUUUUCUUGGGUCGGCGCUCGAGGACCAAGAGUGAUUUAAGUAUGAAGAUGUAUGAGGAAGAGAUACAGGAAUGGUAUGAAGAGCACGCUCGGAAAGAAGAGCGACACUUUCCUUGGCAAGGGGAUGGCGAGAUGCUUAGCCCCCCGCUGACAGCCCCAGGCCUGCGCCAGCGCUCUCAAACCAUCAUUUAGGCCCAGCUGACUCGGCGAUACUUCUCCUCUUCUGCAACAACCACUUCUUUCUUCACUUGGCCAUCUAGUGUAGCCUGGCAGAAGAACUCCUCCUGGGACUCUUUGGGAGAAGAGAUGUCUAGUUCUGCUUCUGCCAAAUCCUGCUGCUGUCCUGAUUCCUGCCAGGGACAUUGGGGUGGAGGACAUUGAAGGCAUGGCUUGGGGAGGGUAGCAAGCCGGAUGGAGUUCUGGCUUCAGACUGAUGGGAGAUGAAGUUUAACCACAGCUUGAGGGCCAUCACAUUGCCCUCAAAUGCCUCCAUCCAGUACCUAAACCCAACUAGAGUUAACCCACUAAAGUAGUUGGCAAAUGGUAAGUGAACUUUUAAAAUCCAUUCCUUCCAUGGGUCGACUCUGGUUGAUUCUGGAUCUAGACCGGGAGAGAGAAUCUAACAUUCUGACUCCCCUCUGCAAAAAGACUUGUAUUCCAUUAGGUAUAAAUGUAACUUCCUGAAACCGUUAAAACUUGGGGAUCUUCUUCACUGCACUCCAGCUGGGAAAGGGAGAUAUUUCACAGCAAUAAUUCUUUUUGACAAAGCGAUGUUCUGUCAGAGAGGAUGCCCUUGUUUGGCCUCCUCCCUGAUUCCUGGGCUCUCUCCCGACAACUCUUUGUGCAGAGAUAGAAAGCAAUAAAACGAAGAGGGGGGUGACCGAGUGCCAUCGUUCCUUGGUUGGAAACGUGCGCAUGGGGGGAGCUGGAGCUCUUUACCUCAAGCCUUUCUCUCCUCAGUUCAAUCUGAGCCACCAAAGAAGGCCACACUUCUCUGCCACGGCUCCCACUUAAUUUCCCUUGCUAUCCCCAAGCAGAAAAGACUGCUGCAAGGUAACCAGAGAGGUGGGAACAAACCUAAAACUUGCCCAGUUAACAUUGGCUCAAAAUAAAUCUAGUCAUUUCCAGGUGGGCAAAGUGUAAAGCUCCAUCAGCCUGUGUAUUCUGGAGGCCAAGGGCUGCUCCUUUUCCUUCAACCAUACUCUAAUCCCUGGCUUUCUGGGUCCGAAGGAAUUGGUGCCCAGGUACCAUGCAGAUGCCAAGCGGAAAGCAUUGUGUAAGGAGACACCAGAUACCUCCUUGCGUAACAUCCAAGCAAAUAUAACCCUGGUUAAGAGGUGCUCGGCCAGUUCAAGUCCCCAAGAACAUUGCCCCUGGUUAUUUUUGAUGAGAAAUUAAUCUUGGUUUCCCUUUUGGUGAAAGGGAAACUCGAGUCUCUCCAUUUGCCAGAUCACUAACUAGUAGAAGCAAAUCUCUGUGUAGCUUUUUGGGGCCGGUUCAUGAGAGAUCCAACUUAGGCGAGCUAGUCUUACCAUUCCUUUACUCUCACUGCGAUCUUAAACUUUGUUACUCCGCGUAGGUAAGGAUGUGACAUAGAGGAGCGCCAAGCCAAGAUCGCUUCUGGGAACAAAGAUCCACAUCAUAGGAAAUCUCUGUAAGGUCUGAAGUCAAGGAUUCUUUGGCCACGUUGCUAACUAAUCCAGCUGUCCCUCGAUUUGCACUGUAUCUUUUUGUGUUUUGUAAAGAAUAAGCUAAUCCUUAAUUCCCGAAGCGACUUCCUUCCACUGUCUUGGAGGCCGGAAGGAAAAGCAAGCUCAGUAUGGGGCAUCCCCUUCUAACCCUUCUCUCCCUUGGACAAACCUUUAACUCCAAAGACAAUCAUGGGUCAGGAUGAAACCCUGGGUGGGUUUCGUAUGUUGGCUGUUGUAAUAAUGAUGUCUGAAACAGUAUUAUAUAGGUGUUUCCAGGCACGAUUCAAUAAACCUUUGUAAGCAUU